AUGAUGACGGUGAUCAUGAUCAUGAUGGUGGUGGUGUCGGUGGUUGUGGUGCUGGUGAUUCUAGCCAUAUGGCGCACUGGAGCCAACAUCGGCUGCGGAAAAAAUGCCGAGGUGUGGAGUGCCGUCGAAGAUCGGCCACAGCAGGCCACAAACGUGGCCAGCCGAGCCAGGAUGCAAAGGUCCGGACAAGCCAGGCGUGAUGAUUUUCCUUCCAGCGCAAGCGCCGCAAGCGCAGAGGCAUUCGCAUCGACAAUGCCCACUGCCAGCCUUGCCAGCAUCGAGCGAGUGAAAUGUCUGGACGAGCAUGAAUUCCGCAAACUCCUCGGGUCUCGCAGACUCAGCGAGGAGAGCGAGGAGAGUGAUGGCAUUCCCGUAGGCCGCCUCUGGGGCAUGGUGCCGGAGGAAGUCCGACCGAAGGAGGCCCGGCCGUGGACGACUGUGAGGACCCCCAAGCGGGCACUGCUUCGGGGCUCCUCGGCAGAGCUGGAUCUUGAAUCAGUCCGCUUACUCCCGCAGUCCGACACGGACGACCUGCAACCCCGGUGCAAGAGUGGUGUGUGGGAGAAGGUACACGCGAUGAAGGCUUGGGCUUCUUUGCGGCUCCGCAGAAAGAAGGCUAGCAAAGCUUGCGUUCGCAUGGUCAAAAAUGACCAAAUCCUGCCUGAAUGUCUGUUAAUUGAUUGGACCCACCACGUUUGA